GAGAGAGAGAAGGCUCGGGGGCGCGCGUCUGAAAAUGUUGCGCAGGAAGAAAGCUGCGAGCCGGGCUAUAUGGAGCUGUCUGCAAUAGGGGAGCAAGUGUUCGCGGUGGAGGACAUCAGAAAGAAGCGUAUCAGGAAGGGCAGAGUGGAAUACCUAGUGAAGUGGAAAGGAUGGCCCCCAAAGUACAGUACGUGGGAGCCCGAAGAUCACAUUUUGGAUCCACGACUGGUCAUGGCCUAUGAGGAAAAGGAGCAGAGAGACCGUGCGCUCGGAUACAGGAAACGAGGCCCAAAACCAAAACGAUUCCUACUGCAGCGGAUCUAUGGCAUGGACUUGCGGAGCGCCAACAAGCUCAAGGAGAAAGGGAAGGUUCGCCUCUCGUUGUCCAGGCGGUUCGACGGCACCUCGGUGUCCGGCCCGGCCCAGCGGGAGCUCGGCGAGAACGGGAAACGGAUCCAGUUUCCACUGGCUCGGAAGCACAAGUUCUUCAAGGUGGCCAAGUCUAAGUGCACGACGCGGGCGGUCAGCCUGGCCAAGAACCACGGAGCCAGCGAGUGCUCGGAGGAGGACGCCGGCCAGGACGUCGGGAGCAAGUUCCCGGACUCUGAGUUUGAGGAUGAGGAAGUCCGAAGCAUUCCGGAGAGAACGGAAGGGGCAGCCUCUCCCGUCAGAAGCACCGCAGCCAUUCCCGCCGGCUGGCAUCCUUCCAUCCCUCUGGGUGAUGUCACCGUGACGGACGUCACAGCCAAUUCCCUGACAGUGACCUUCCGGGAAGCGUUGGUGGCAGAAGGAUUUUUCAGGGAUCGCAGCUUAAGUUGCUAACCUCAAAGGAAAAAACCCCACCCAACACGAGAUUCUUGUCCGUCCUGUGAAACACUUCAUCCGUUUUCCUUAAAGUGAAGGUUCCAUUUGUAUGAACUCGUGGUUGUAAUGUGUGUGGCAUUCGAAUGGUCAACGUCUACCAGGGGCGAAUCCCAAGUUGCUCCCCCUCCUUCUCCCCCCCCCCCCCACCUUGCUUCCAAUCACGGCUCUCCGACCUCAUUGGCUGGUGAUUCUGCCGGGCGGCAGCCAAUGGCCAGGCGUCUCAGUCUUGGGGGAGGUCCAAGGGAUUGAGCAUCGAGCGAGGAGAAUUCUGAGCUUGCACGGAGCGGACGGUGUACGUUUAGUGCGUGGUGGUUUGGGAGACACAGCAAGAUCCCAGGGUGUGAGUGUGCGCCGCCACCCCCCCCACCUCUCUAGGUCAGGCUCCCGGAGAGCGCAGAGGUCAGGAGGUCCAUGUCGGCUGUGAAGCUCUGUGAUUGUCCUUUCUGGUGGAGGGGCGUGAGCUCCUGGUCAGUGCACCCCAUCUAUGGACCCCCUAUCCUGCAGGCUGCUGGGGAUUGUGGCUGUCCCCUGCUGCUCGAGGGUGGCUUGUGGUUCAGUGACUGGUACCAGGCCCGGCUGUUCGACACUCGAGCCUUCGCCACUGUCUUCCAGAGAGACUCGUCCGUGUGUGUGGGAAGGGGAAGGUGUGGGCUCUGCCUAGUGCAGAGUCCGUGAAUUGGAGUCUUCAGUCAGCCCUUCACUGCCAGCCUUUUGUUCCUGUCCUUGGUGUCACGGCAACCGGCGGGGGGGGGGGGUGGUCAUGUCCCAGCUCCCGAUGGAGACCGCCCGGGAUGUUGAUUACGGAGGGAUCGCAGAGUAAAUUGUUAGUCAUUGAUUCCCAAAAUGUUUCUGGUCUUAACAUCUGCAGUUGUCUGUCAGGGAGGUGUAAGGUGGGGAGAGGUAGUUAGCGUUAAAGUAGGGGAGCAUGGGGUCAGGGGUUAAAGUGGGGGAGGUUCGGAGUUAAGGAGGUGGUCGGAGGUUAAAGUGGGGAUGGUCGGGGGA